AUGCGAGCCAAGUGGAGGAAGAAGCGUAUGCGCAGACUUCGUCGUAAGCGCAGAAAGAUGCGCGCCCGAUCCAAGUAA